GACUCAAAGCAUAGACUUGAACAGUCAAGAAGAAUUAUCUAUCUGUUUUAGUCACAAAUCGUCAUCUCAAUUUCUAACUACUCUCUUUCUCUCUCUUCCUGCAUUUGCUUCUUUAUACGGCAUUUACUCGAACAACUUGCGGACCUUGCGGUUAAGAAAGAUUACCAAAACGAAAUUGAAGAAAACAAAGGAAUGCAGUUGCAGAGAGCAUAAUCAAAAGAUUGAAAUCCUUACUGUGAAGCCGGCACCUUGACUGGAGAUAUCAGAGCUUCUGGGAAUUUUUCUUGUCAUAUUUGGGGUCAGCUUGUAAUGAAUCUGAUGCAUAAGUAACUGGAGAAACCAGUUAGAUAAGCUGUUGAAGAUCUUGAUACCUGUUCAAGUUACACCUUUUACGACAGUGAAGGAACUCCUGGUUUUUACUUGAUUCAAAAUUUAUCUGGAUCGUGAAAGAUGGUAGAUUCUAUGAAAUUCCAUUGGUUUGAAAGUUUAUAGCUAUGUAGUGGUUCCUAUCAACCUCGACCAUGAAUUUCAGGCUUAAAAGCAAUGAUGCAUACAGAUUGUUAUCAGAAAUGAAGAUAUGGUAUGGAGGUGUCAUUGUUGCAUCCUUUUUUAUGUUGCUUUUUCUGAGACAUGGUUUCAUGAAGCAUCCCGUAGAAGAGUAUCAUCCUAUAACCCCAUUCCCGGUCAAUUCAACCGAUCCUAUCAAAUGGAUAACUGCUGGAGCUCCACAAGAUUUUCAUCAUCCAGAGAAUAGUACUCAAGUAAUUUCUGUUGACCUCAUAGUAACCAAUCUCUUUACAAAAAGGAACGUGUCUGUCACAGAGCAACAUUCUCUACAAACAUGGAACUACUUGAACCACUUAAUUGGCAAUGCUCAAACAUUACCUAAUGCAGCAGAUGCAAUUAAGGAAGCUGGAGUUGCUUGGAAUAGCCUUAUGGAUUCAGUAGAAGAUGAAACACGUGCCAAUGGAAAUGUUAGUCUACAGAAGAAAGGGAACGAAAAAAAAUGUCCUCAAUAUCUGAGUAAACUGAACUCAACCGAGCUCGAUGAUAAUGGCUUCAUUAUGCAGGUUCCUUGUGGUCUCACUCAGGGUUCUUCCAUUACCAUUAUUGGCAUUCCAACUGGUCUUUUGGGGAAUUUUCGAAUUGACCUUACAGGGGAACCAAUUCCUGGGGAGCCAGAUCCACCUAUAGUAUUGCAUUACAAUGUUAGGCUUCAUGGUGAUAAGAUCACUGAAGAUCCUGUGAUUGUCCAAAAUACUUGGACUGCUGCUCAUGAUUGGGGAGAAGAAGGCCGUUGCCCAUCACCAAGCCAUGACGAUGAUAAGAAAGUGGAUGAGUUAGACCAGUGCAACGAGAUUGUGGGUAGAGAAGAGAACCGGACAUUAACAGUUGGUAGGCGUACCAAUAAUUCAAGGAAAAUCCCCCUAGACAAACAAAGCUUGGGAUUAAGAAAGUAUUUUCCAUUCAAACAAGGUUAUUUAUCUGUUGCAACACUCAGGGUGGGAGUAGAAGGGAUACACAUGACAGUUGAUGGAAAACACGUGACAUCUUUCGUAUUUCGUGAGACUUUGGAGCCAUGGCUGGUGAGUGAAGUGAGGGUUUCUGGAGACAUAAAGUUGGUUUCCGUAGUGGCUAGUGGUUUGCCCACUUCGGAAGACUUGGAGCAUGUAAUUGACUUAGAAGCUCUUAUUGCACGUCCCCUUUCUUCCACGAGGCCAUUGGAGCUAUUUGUUGGAGUUUUCUCAACGACAAACAACUUUAAGCGCAGGAUGGCGGUCAGGAGGACAUGGAUGCAAUAUGCUGCAGUUCAGUCCGGGGCUGUUGCAGUGCGUUUUUUUGUUGGGCUGCACAAGAACCAGAGAGUGAAUGAGGAGCUUUGGAAUGAAGCACAAACAUAUAAGGACAUACAACUGAUGCCAUUUGUCGAUUACUAUGGCCUCAUUACUUGGAAGACAGUAGCCAUCUGCAUCUUUGGGACAGAGGUAGCGAAAGCAAAGUUCAUAAUGAAGACGGAUGAUGAUGCAUUUGUUCGCGUGGAUGAAGUGUUAGAUUCUUUGAAAAGAAUAAACGCAACACAAGGAUUGCUUUAUGGUCUCAUCAAUUCAGACUCUCAGCCUCACAGAAAUCCUGAUAGCAAGUGGUACAUAAGUCCAGAGGAAUGGCGUGAGGAUACCUAUCCUCCCUGGGCGCAUGGACCUGGCUAUGUUAUAUCCGGCGACAUAGCGAAAGCGAUACACAAACAAUACGAGGAGGGUAAACUGAAGAUGUUUAAGCUGGAGGAUGUAGCAAUGGGAAUAUGGAUAGCAGAUCUGAAGAAGCAGGGCUUGGAAGUGAAAUAUGAAAUGGAAGAGAGAGUGUUUAAUGAUGGUUGCAAAGAUGGUUAUGUGGUUGCUCAUUAUCAAGGGCCGAGGGAGAUGAUGUGUCUAUGGACUAAGCUACGAGAUACAAAACGGGCCAUAUGUUGCGGUGAAUGAAUGAAUCAUAUGUAAGUCUAAAUAUUUGGUUAUGGGUCCUAGAACCUAACCUAACACGAUGUCUAUUAGCUCCGAUCCUAUGCAGCAUUUUUUUACACUAAUUAAUGAUAGGCUUAGCAAAUUUCUGAAACUUAUUAGUAGGCAGGAAGGCAGUAGUAGUACCAUAUGGCAUAUGCUGUAUAGAGAAAGAGAGUCAAAGAGAGAUGUAUUUGUUGUUGUAUAGUAUAUAUAGAGCUAGUUAAGCCCUAUCAUUAUUUUUUUAUUUGGUAACAAGUUUCUUUUUAUCAGUUUU